UCCUGAAUUCCGCUGAGAUUCUCUUUGAAAGAGCUCUGCUGCUGGGCACCUCCGACAACCACAGAGCCAUGAGCAUGGGACCUUCCACGGAGUUCUUCGAUGGCAGCACAUACAUCACUUCAGACUAUUCAGGCAUCCCCGAGGUCUGCGAGCUGCCAGACAGCAGCUUCAGGAAGAUCUUCCAACCGUUGGUGUUUGCUGUGGUAUUUGUGCUAGGAAUGAUGGGAAAUAUCCUUAUUCUGGUGAUUUACAUCCUAUACCGGAAGGUGAAGAGCAUGACCGAUGUCUUCCUAGUCAACCUGGCCAUGGCCGACCUGCUGUGGUUGUUGACUGCCCCAUUCAAUGCAAUGUAUGCUGUGAACCAGUGGGUCCUCGGAGUCUUUAUCUGUAAAAUCUUCCGGAGUCUGUACAGCAUAAAUUUCUUUAGUGGGGUUCUCUUCCUCACCUGCAUCAGCAUUGAACGUUACAUUGUCAUUGUCCAGGCAACUUCAGCGCUCAAGUUGCGGUCUGCAACCUUUCUGUUUAGCAAAAUUGCCACAGUGGUGGUCUGGGUGGUUUCCAUCAUCUUGAGCAUUCCUGUGAUGAUCUACAGCCGGGUGGAGAGAAUCGAUGAGGAGAACAUCUGCCAGAUGAUCUUCGAUGACAGCUCCAUGGUGGUCAACUUGGGGAUGCAGAUAGCACAGGUUUUCGUGGGCUUUGUCCUGCCAUCUACCAUCAUGGUCUUCUGUUACUCGAUCAUCAUGGGGACCUUACUGAAGAGCCGCACCUUCAAGAAACACAAGGCACUCUGGGUGAUCGUCGCCCUGAUCGGGAUGUUCUUUGUGUUGCAAAUGCCCUACAGUAUCUUCCUCUUUCUGAAGGCCGUGGGCAGCAAGUCCAUGCCCUGCGCCGAGAAGAUCACCAGGAUGAACGUGGAGUAUGUGACCGAGAGCUUGGCGUUCAUCCGGUCUUGCCUCAAUCCCGUGCUCUACGCUUUUGUGGGGGUCAAGUUCCGCAAUGACAUUCUGCUGGUCCUGAAGGAUAUCCACUGCAUCUCGGCCUUGCGGUACCAAGAGCGGUACCAGAGCCACAGGUCAAAGAGCAGCAAGCGGUUUUCGUUCAUGUCUAGCGGCACGGACUCGAGCUCCUUAUUUCAGCUGUAAGCUGCCCCGACAGUGGGCAUCUUGGCAUGCUUGUCUAUGCUUGCACCCCAAAGAGAAGGCAGAGAUUCAUGGACUCCGACACAACUCAUUUCAAAUCCAAAAUGGCCUGAAGACACGCCCACUCCUGGUUGGGGGAAGGGGUAGGUGGGGGGGAGGGUCCUGCUUUUCCCUGUUCAACUCAAAAUCAAGGCCUGACUACGCUGGUGCGCGAUGCAUUCAUUUUAUAAUUUUGCAAUGUGAGGAGUUGUUGGUUGCGUACUGUAGAGUCGGCUGUAGACUCGCACUUUAGGCCUUGAACCCGACUCAACCCUGUGAGUUUGUGACUGUUUAUUAUCCGCUGCCAUAAUGAACUUUUAUUACUUCUUCUUGCAAAUAUCAAACAUAGCAGCGCUGGUGCCUGCACGGUCAUAAUUCAACAAGUCAUCGAGUCACAUGAUGGCUCCUAGUGACAUCGACCAGGUCUCGUGGUCCUCUUCUCCAUCACGAGUGCUUCUAGAAACCACCGUCGUCACUCAUGUCCUUACAGCCUAAAAACGAGCGCUUGGAUGGGUCUGAAGGCACACAAGAUUGUGGAGCAUCCUUAAGUUUCGGUGCAGCACCGUCCACACUUCAGUUUUGUAGUACACCCACCGGCCACUUUAUUAGGUACACCUUGCUAGUCCCUGGUUGGACCGCCCCCCUCAUUUUUGCCUUCAGAACUGCUGUACUUCUCCGUGGCACAAAUUCAGCAAAGUGCUGGAAACAUUCCUCUGGGGAUUUUGGUCCAUAUUGACAUGUGUGGACCACCAGGGGUCAUGCCGCUACCCAAACCCCGACACAGACAGGCUGAGACACAAGUCAGGUAACAUAGCACACCUUUACUUUAUUUAAGGGGGGGGAGGUUGUGUUUUGCUCCCCACUACACAGCACAGUACAGAAAGCACCCAAAGGCAGCACAAUACAGUCCAACACAAUACAGUCUUUCUUUCUUUCUUUCUUUCUUUCUCUAUCUCUGUCUCUCUUUCUUUCUUUCAUAUCGACAUGAUAGCAUCACACAAUUGCUGCAAAUCUGUCAGCUGCACAUCCAUCAUGCAAAUCUCCCAUCCCACCACAGCCCAAGGGUGCCCCACUGGAUUAAGAUCUGGUGACCGUGGAGGCCAUUUGAGUCCAGUGAGUUCCAAGACACCAUUUUGAGAUGAUCUGAGCUUUGUGACAUGGCACGUUAUCCUACUGGGAGUGGCCAUCAGAAGACGGGGACAGUGCGGUCAUAAAGAGAUGGACACGGUCAGCAACAAUAUUCAGGUAGACUGUGGCAUUUAAACGAUGCUCAGUUGGUACUAAGGGGCCCAAAGUGGUUC